AUGGCUGCGACACGAUUUCGUUUAUCGCAAUUAUUUUCGAAUAAUUUGCAAUUGUUCGGAGUUCGGUCAUCAACAACAACAACAAAUUUGCAUCAACCCAACAGUAGGCAGCUUCACAUUUGCACACAUCAAACGAGCCAAUAUAAAUCAUCGAGACUUUUCGGUGGGCAUGGUUCAGUUUUGGGUGCAUCACAUCGUAGUAUAUCCACGACAUUUUCACUAGCGUCAAAAGAUUAUUACAAAAUAUUAGGCGUUUCGAAAAAUAGCUCGGCAAAGGAUAUCAAAAAGGCGUAUUAUCAGUUGGCUAAAAAAUACCAUCCCGAUCAAAAUAAAGAUGAUCCCAAUGCCGGCAAGAAAUUCCAAGAGGUAUCCGAAGCAUACGAAAUACUUAGCGAUGACACCAAGAGAAAGGAAUACGAUACAUUUGGAACAACAACCGAACAAAUGAACCGCAAUGGAGGAGGGGCUGGUCCCACCGGCCAAGGUUUUAACCAACAUUGGCAAUACACUUCGACUAUAAACCCAGAAGAGCUGUUCAAUAAAAUCUUUGGAAAUCGCCAUUUCAAGGGCGGUGGUGAUUUUGGUGAUUUCGACUUUGCUGACACCAAAUUUGGAUUUGGAGCGGCACAAGAGGUCACAAUGAACUUGACCUUUGCACAAGCUGCACGAGGUGUAAACAAGGAUAUUAUUGUCAAUGUGGUUGAUACUUGUCAGAAGUGUCAGGGAUCUCGUUGUGAAUUGGGCACAAAACCAAGCAAGUGUCAAUAUUGCAACGGCAGCGGUAUGGAAACCGUGUCAACUGGACCGUUUAUCAUGCGAUCGACAUGUCGAUACUGUUCAGGAACGGGCCAAUACAAUAAGUAUCCAUGUUUGGAAUGCGAAGGCAAAGGACAAAAUGUGCAACGUAAAAAAAUUACCGUUCCUGUUCCGGCUGGCGUUGAAAAUGGACAAACUGUUCGUAUGCAAGUGGGACGAAGGGAGAUAUUUAUUACAUUCAAAGUUGAGAAAAGUAAUUACUUUAGACGAGAUGGGGCUGAUGUACACACAGAUGCUGAGAUAUCUCUAUCGCAGGCCAUUUUAGGAGGAACGGUUCGUAUUCAAGGCGUUUACGAAACUCAAACUAUUCAGAUUUUACCUGGUACUGCGUCACACACGAAAAUUUGCCUUAGCAACAAGGGUAUGAAACGAGUCAAUAGUUAUGGAAAUGGCGAUCAUUAUGUACACAUCAAAAUAGCCAUUCCAAAGAAGUUAGGCAAUGAACAAAAAGCAUUGAUUCAGGCUUAUGCUGAGCUUGAAACAGACACACCUGGAACGAUAUUUGGUAUAACUCAGAAGACCGAUGGUAAGUCGAAUACAACAUCUUCUUCAACUUCAUUUGAUAACACAAAAACACAAGGAGAACGUGCUGAUGACUACAAAACACAUGAUCGAACGGGUGAUGAACAAUAUCAGGUCGAUCAAUACGAACAGCGCAGAAUUUACAAAAUUUUGGGUGGAUUCCUGGUUGUCCUGAUUGCAUUCUGUUUGAUCAAUGGUCAAAAUAAUGACAGUAAUACUACUGUCCUAACCGAUUAUGCAACCAGACAACGAGGAAUAAAAACUGAAAAAGAAAAUCGAACUAUCUUUAAAGAUGCAUAAAUAUAAAAAUGAAUAAUGUAAAAUCAAAAAUAGUUAGUUCAUCGAUCGUUCGUAAACUCGAAUAAUAAUAAUUCGGAAUAGAAAAACCAACCGAAAUGGGGCUGCGCCAAAAAUUUAUUUAAUGUAGCUUAAAUACAAAUUGUGAACGAAAGAGAAAUGUUACAAAUAAAACAUUGGUUUUAUUUCCAUUGAGAGUAUGAUGAAUUUGUUGACUUUUAAUUGAUGAAUCUUAAGGCGCGCUACCCCCCAUUGAUUGCUUAGAGUUUAAUCCACGGUUAGUGUAACAUUAUAUUCUAUGAAACUGAUGGUACUUUGUUUACUAUUUGUCACCCUUUUAGGUACUAAAGAAUCAUUUGAAGAACCAAAAAAUUUGACACAGAAAGUCCGCGAAGCAUUGCGACAAGAAGCAGACUCAGACAACAAUAAGAAAACACCAGACAGUGCUGAAAGUGAUCAGAGUUCGAACACAAAGGAGGCCAACUCCGAUGAAUCUGUUAAAAAACGUGAUAAAGUAUGAUUGGUGUAAUGUGGACCUUAUUGAAAGUGUGGAAGGCUUGUAAGGAAAUGCAAGCUAUAUUUGUUUAAGAACGAAUUCUUUUGUUUUAAAUUUUACAGAAUUCCGAGGAAAAAAAUAGUUAAACUGUGAAUAAAAAUUGUAGCAAAUCAGUGAACCAAAAA